UCGCUGUUUGUGGACUUUUUCACUGCUGUCCUCUCACCUUCUUUGAUGCCUUCAUUCUUUAAGCUUUGCAAGUGCAACAACAACAACAACAACAACAACAACAACAACUACCUUCUAUCUUUUCUUUUGCUCUUUCUUCUUCAUCAUCCUCUUCAAAGUUGAGAUUUUUAUGGAGUUCCAACCUGAUUUUAUGGAUGUUAAUGUAGUUCCUGAGCAGGAUGUUGAAAGAUUGGAGCUUGAAAUCUCUGGUCUUCAAGAUGAGAUCUCUGCUUUGAGGAGUCAACAGAGGUUUUUGGACAGCAAGAGGAAGGAAAUUCUCAACAGGAUUUUGGACAUUAAAGGAAGCAUUAGAGUUUUUGGGAGAGUGAAGCCUUUGAUUCAAGGGAAGAACAGCAAAAAACAUGAGCUUGUGUUUUCAGAAGCUGAGAAGAUCACUGUUACAUCAGGGACAAUCAAGAAGGAAUUUUGUGCAGAUAAAGUGUUUGAUCAAAGCUCAACACAAGAGGAUGUGUUUUUAGAAGUUGAACCUAUUCUUAGAUCAGCAAUUGAUGGGCAUAAUGUUUGUAUCUUUGCUUAUGGUCAGACAGGCACUGGCAAGACUUUCACAAUGGAAGGGACUAGUUAUCAACCGGGAAUUGUUCCUCGCGCAAUCGAAGAACUAUUUCAUCAGUCUUCUCUUGAUAAAUCAGGAUCCUUUGUUUUCUCAAUGAGUAUGUUGGAGGUUUACUUGGGUAGUCUCAGAGAUUUGCUUGCGCAAAAGAAAUGUGUUCUCAAUAUACUUGCGGGCAGUAACGGGUAUGUGGAGAUCGAAGGACUAACCGAUGUACUGAUACCUGAUGUAAAACUAGCCAAGAGGUUGUAUGCGAGGGGGAAGAGAGCUCGAUCUACUUCAUGGACUAAUGUCAAUGAGGCCUCGAGCCGAUCACACUGCUUAACGAGAAUUACAAUCACGAGAACGAGAGAUGCGGUGAAAGGACAUGAGGUGGUUAGUAAACUGUGGAUGGUUGAUCUUGGAGGAAGUGAGCGUCUACUGAAGACGGGCGCUACCGGGCAGACAAUGGAUGAGGGAAAGGCGAUAAAUCUAUCUUUAUCAGCCCUUGGUGAUGUUAUCGCCGCACUUAAAAAGAAACACGGUCACAUUCCUUUUCGGAACAGCAAGCUCACUCAGCUUCUUAGUGAUUCCUUAGGUAAUGGUUCGAAGGUUUUGAUGAUUGUGCACGUAAGUCCUUGCAAAGAUGAUAUUGGAGAGACGGUAUGCUCUUUGAAUUUUGCAAGAAGAGUGAGAGCUGUAGAGUCUAAUCGAGAGCAUUUCAAUUCCGAGAUAAAGAAACAAAAGGAGAAUGCUAUGGCCAAGCUUAAUCAGCAGAUAAGAGAAGCCGAGGAAGAACUGCAUAAACUAAGAAAUCAGAUUGAGAGAACUGAAAACCUUUUGCUCGAAAAAAAGAAACUUGUUGAAGAACAAAAAGGGUCACCUACAAGUCCUUUGGUAAUACAACAUAUUGAAGUUGUCGAAAGUCCUAAAACAACCGAAAGACCAGCUGGCAAACUACAUUGCAGUUCGCUUCCUCAUUUCAUGACUUCGACAACAUGUAGCCGUUUGAGGCAAUGUGCAUCGGGGGAAGUGAAUCAGAGAAUGAGGAAGUCUAGACUCGGUAUGGUGCAUAGUAUCGAUGUUUUAGGAUCUCAGUCUUUGAGUUAUUCUGAUUCCCGACCGAAAUUGAAACCCCGAUACUUUAAGAGCAAACUAGUGACUAGUGAAACUGACAGCACGAAGGUUAAAGAUUUUCAUUGUCUUGAAAGUUCGGAGAACAAUAGCUACAACAGCUCCGAUUUGAAGCCAAGUUUGGCUACUCGGAGUCGAAGGAUCACUGGAUCAUACCCGAAUUUUCGAGCUACAUUGUAUCAGCACAGAAGGAGAAUGUCUGAUCUAACUUGAGAAGAACAACAAUUUAGAUUUGUUUGAGCUUUCUUUGUUGUUCAAUACCAUAUUGAUUGAUUCAAUGUGAGAUGAGUUGAUAACAUUGAGUGAGAUUGAUUUUUUUUAUUUCAGGAUUGUGAGCUAAUCAUUGUAAUUUAUGAAUUUUAUUUGUGUGGAGAGAGUUUAAUUCUUUCUUGUGCUUUUUAAAAAAAUGGCUUUGUACUUUUUUUUUCUG